CUUAUUAAAUUUAUUUAUUUUAUAUUAUAUAAAAAAAUAAAUAAUAUUAAAAAACUAAUAUAUACUUUCUUUAAAAUAGUUAUUAUUAACUACGAUUUACUUAAAGAAAUAAUUUCCAAUAAAAAUAAGCUAUUUACCGCUAAAUUUUAA